AUGACAAACAACAAGCAAAGCAAUGUCGUUGGGAAACAAUUUCCUAUUCUCAAAUACAACAUGCCCUUUGCGCGAAACAUUUCCAAUCGGGAGCUCAAAACAGUUUUCUGCCAAUCCAAUAUCAAUAUCUUGGAAUAUUGCAGCCCCGAUGACGAGAGUAUUGUCAUAGAAAUGUUGGUGGUGGCAGCAAACCUGACCUGA